UGCUGGCAGCUUGACCAGGCGACACUCAGCCGCAACAUUGCAGGGGUUUCGUAAGCGCCAUUACCAAAGGCGGAGUUCCGCCAAACACUCAUUACAAACUACCACGAAUACGCAAGUACCUUUGUGCACUUCUAGAAACAAUCUUGAAAACCUCAUAGCGUAUAUAAGUUAGAACAGUAGUGCUCACUAUGUUUUUCCAAACUCAGAGACAGCAUCUCCAUCAUGUCGUAUCCUAAAAGCACCCGCUCGUGGCGUCGCACCACAACUCCAUACCCUUUGUCAAUUGCUCUUUCCACCGACACGCUCCCAGAAACUUUGGGACCCCACGAUGUUGUGCUCCGCAUCCACGCAGUCUCGCUUAACUAUCGCGACGUAGCUAUGCUGCGUGAAGGCGCCUACCCACUCCCAGUCGCCAUCGGUGGUAUCUGCGCAUCCGAUGCUGCUGCGGAAGUAGUGGCUGUAGGCAGCAAAAUCAGCAAGUUUCAGAUUGGUGACCAUGUGGCGCCAACAAUUGAUUUGACAACUCUCACGGGAGAAGAGCGAGAUGCUCGCCCGUUUGCGCUUGGCGGUGAUGGCCCUGGUGUUCUGACUGAGUAUGCGAUCUUCGAGGAGAAGCACUUGGUGAAGCUGCCGAGCUCUCUAUCGUGGGAAGAAGCGUCUACAAUUCCAGUCGCUGGUCUGACAGCUUGGGCGGCGCUAGGUCGCCUGCAAGGCUUGAUCAAGGGCUCGUCUGCUCUGCUGCAGGGUACCGGAGGUGUCAGUAUGUUUGCGCUCAAGCUCUGCCUUGCUGCGGGAAUCCGCCCUAUCAUCACAUCUUCUUCAGACGAAAAACUCGAGAAACUACGACAGCUUGACUCAAGCAUUGGACUCAUCAACUACAAGACCCAUUCGGAUGUUGUUGCAGAAGUCCUUCGACUCACUGAGGGCAAAGGAGUGGACUAUGUCAUCAACAACAUCGGGGUAUCGUCCAUUCCCGAUGAUAUCAAGGUCCUGCGGACCAGAGGUGGUAGAAUCGCUCUCAUAGGCUUCUUGGGAGGAUUCGAGGCCGACUGGCCACCAAGCUUACUUAUGAAUUUGAUACUGAAGGAAGCUCAUAUUGCCGGAAUCUUGGGUGGUUCCAGGGCCGACUUUGAAGCUUUGAAUGCGUUUUUGACGGAGAAAGACGUGCGUCUUGAUUUGCUUGUUGAUAAGACGUUCUCAUUUGAUGAUGCAAAGGCUGCCACUGAGUAUCUCUCAUCAGGCAAGCAUGCUGGAAAAGUGGUAAUCAAACUAUGAAGUGUACCUGAGCAGACUCGGGAGUCUGUUGGCAUGCCCCAGGUGUUCUGGUGUGGGAAUGUAGUUUGAAGCGCAUUUCUGGAGCUGAAUCUUUACCGUAUCCGCCACCAUGCUUGCAUUUGGAAUGCUUUACGAGCCGACCUCUCCA